GACGUAGUUUCUUUUGGGAAUUGCUUCCGGUUGUGGUGUUUGCAUUUCUGUUAUCGCUUUAUAAUUGUGUAUUUCUUGGAGGCUUUCUCGGUACCGUAGUCACCAUGGCGAUGCAAGCAGCUAAACGUGCGAAUAUUCGCUUACCUCCUGAAGUGAACAGGAUUUUAUACAUUAGAAAUCUGCCGUAUAAAAUCACUGGCGAAGAAAUGUAUGAUAUCUUUGGAAAAUAUGGACCUAUUCGACAGAUCAGAGUUGGAAACACACAAGAGACCAGAGGCACAGCAUAUGUCGUGUAUGAAGAUAUCUUUGAUGCCAAAAAUGCCUGUGAUCAUCUGUCUGGGUUUAAUGUCUGUAACAGAUACCUGGUGGUUUUGUAUUACAAUGCAAACAGGGCGUUCCAGAAGAUGGACACCAAGAAGAAAGAGGAACAACUUAAACUUCUCAAAGAGAAAUAUGGGAUCAACACAGAUCCUCCAAAAUAGUCUUCCAGGACUCAUUUUAUUGUUUUUUUUUGUAUGGCCACCCUUAUGUUUUACCUACAAAUGAAUCGUUCCAGUGUUUUUAUUUUUUUCCAACAUAAAACAGCUGGAAUAAUGGACUAAAUGCUUUUUGUCACUUACAAGAGCUGAAGAAAUAUUUACAUUUUGUUUACUUUGUGUCAAGGUCAGUACAAGAGGAAAUAAAACAUUUUUCCAAAGCAA